AUGUCGUCCCGACUGGACUCUGUGGCACCGCGACCGCGUUCUCGCCGCUCUAUCGCCCAUGUUCCGCGAUCCAAGAUGACGUCUAGUUUGGAUAAGGAGAAUGCGAUUGCAGACAUCGGCGCGACACAGCCAUUUGAGACCAAACCAAAGCUUACCGCUAAAGACAAGAAGUCUCGUAGCAAGAGUCUGGGACCAGGUGGACUUGAUGCGCUUCAAAAUUCCAAUGGCAAUCGUCGCAAGUCCACGGCCUCAGCUCCUCUAAAAUCAAUUCUCAAACCUACGGUUCCUGUCUCUCCAGUGCGCAAGAUCCCGUCUUUUGAAGAGACGCGCCGACGCACCCCCGCACGCGACAACCAAAGCCAUGACGGCGCGAUGGAUGAUGAUAAUCAAAGGAAAGAAGGACUUUUGAUCGAUUUUGAGACAGCCCCUCGAGCUCCAACUUUCGGCAACGAUAGCACGGAUAACCCGUUUGACACUUUCAAUGCCACGUCAGCGAUUCGCGAAGAAAUGGCCGCGACCAAGGAUCGCGAUGAGAAGGAGCGCCGAGAGCGCGAACGCCAGAAUAUCCUUGAGAAACGCGAGGCACGGCGUAAAUCAAUGGCCAACCGCCGAGUAUCCUUCGCACCAGAGGCUACACUACACACAUGGAAUGUAAUUGAAAUACCCGAUGAGUCAACUUCAUCAUCAACCUCCAACUCGACGAGACGUGCAUCUGCACUUUCAAACACCGUGAACCAGCAACAUGCGCCUACCCCGGCAAAAGAGGCUCCCUCAUCUCCCGACGUGGACGCUGAAUCGGAUUUUGGCUUUUCCCCUGUCCGUCAACAGGACUUGCAACAAAUAAGAGAUCGCUCAGCAUCUACCGAAGACCCCGAAGGCUCCCAGGACUUAUCAUCAAGCCCGUUCAGUGGAAGCUCCGCUUCGGGAGGGGAGGACACCGGGGCCCAGAGCUUAGCCGGGGAGGAAGAUGAUGAUCAUUCGUCCGGGUCCGAUGAUGGAUUUGAUGCCGAGAGUACUGCGAUGAGCAUGGACGACAUGACAGCACACUCUGCUGCCACGAUGCAGUCAGAUGCAUCUUCGGGUUCAAGUUCCAGUGCCAGACUCAACCAAGCAUUACGCCAGGCCGCAAAGGAGGCUGGGACUCAAGCGAUUGAUGAAGGAGAUGGAGAAAUGUCCAUGGAGAUUGCUGAUCAAGAAAUCACGGGCGCUUUUCAACCAUGGAUCAAAAAGGGACAGAGACAAAGCUUUGACUGGGAAGACAUCAGCGCUCGCCAUGAUCAGGAAAAUGUCGAUCCAUCCAAGACGCCUGAUAUGCGGGGUGCUUCCGAGUCUGACUAUAUGGAUGAGGAUGAAGACCUUAGUAUGGACGUGACAAACGCGGUAGGGCGCAUCCUCGGCAAAUCGCCUGGUCGUCGCCAAAGUGCGAUCCGCCGCAAGUCUACAGAAACGAGUUACGACGACCAAACAAUGGAGAUGACCAACGUGGUUGGGGGCAUUGCUCCAAUGGAAUCUCCUGUGAAGCCUUCCAACGACGUCAACGAGAACGAAGAGAUGACAAUGGAAUUUACUUCCGUUGUCGGCGGAGGAGUCCUGGGCAAGGAAACUUCUCACAGUCACGACGGAGAUGACAUGGUUGAGCAGCCGGCUUCUUAUACCCCAGGGUCGGAACGCGUGAACCUCGAACAGGAAACUGGCGAGAAUUACUCGGACGAGGAUAUGGACAUGGAGAUGACCGGCGCUGUUGGAGGCAUUUUGCCGGGGCUAGAAACCAGCAACAAAGCGCAGGCAAAAGUGCUUAUGGAGCUCGAGUCUGACUCGGGGCAGCUGGGCAGCUCUCCUUUCCAGGACACUGUCCGGGCGUCACCCGCUAAAUCACCGGCCAAAUCCCCACUCGCCUUCCAGGUUACCACUGUUGCCUCUGAAACCGGCAGCCCCAGCCUAGCCAGUGUGAGAUCCCGACGUAGCUCUGCUCUGGGCACGUCGAGCACACCAAGAUCGGCUAGCCGCCAGACAUCGCCGACCAAGAAACCAUCCACUCCCUCUAAGCAAUCUACACCCCAAGUGAAACCCAGCACGCCAAGCAAAACCCCCCCAUCAAGCAAAGUGACCUUCCGAAGCGCUUCGCCAAAGAAGCUCUUUCAGCCUGAGAUUCAGCAGUCGGCCGAUAAACGCAAGUCUACCCGUCAGAGCAUCUUUGAACACAAUGCGGCAACGGGAGAAUCGACCCCUCUUUUCGUGCUGCCACCUCGUGAGGGGCGCCGCUCUUCUGGUCUGGGAAUCGACAAAGAAGGUCUUGGAUCGCCUCGUGUGGCAGCUCUACUUGACAAGCGCCAGUCCCUCGGUGAAAGCUCGCCCCAGUUCGUCCCUCAAGAGCAGCCCCGUGCGGGCGUGCGUUUCGAGGACCCGUUGCAACUACAGGCAGAGGAAGAGCGUGAUCGUGAAGAGGAGGAGCUCAGGGAAGACGGCCAUAUCGGCUUUUCUCAGUCUGGUGACCGGGAUGUAACCUCGAGUUUGAAGGACAUGAUAUCCAGUCUCAGCCCCAAGAAGAACAAAAUCGGCAGCCGAAAGAGUCUUCAUGUCGGUGCUGCUCGCGGGGUUCUGGGAAAACGCCCCAUUGAGCUGGACAUGGACGAAGAAGAUGAAAUGCAAAAUUCACCCAAGCGACUGCGAGGCCACGAUGUCAGCCCGGUUAAGGGUGUGAAAUUGCCGGCACCAGGGUUUAGCGAUCAAAGGGCCCAGCGAUCAACGCGUUUGCCCGCUCGCAGAGCUGCUAGCUCUUCGCCUCUGAAGGCCAGCGCCACUCCCACCAAGGAGCCAACCAGUGCGUCGAAAACGGCGACGACUCCUCUGAGGGAAGGAAUUGAUUCCCUGCAACUUGCUUCUGACCCCUCUCAACCGGAGCAAGAAGCGGAGGCACCCGCCGAGGAACUCGUCCCCGAGAUUGAGCCCAUCCAGUUACAGGAGUUCCUGAACAUGACCAACAUCCACUUCAUGGAGCUCACGACCACGAAGAGACGGCACACUACAGUCGCGCCUGGAAGCGCCACCAAGAAACAACCGCGGCUUUCUGAGGAGAAUGUGGCCAAGCAAGGCACCAUCACUUUUGAUGACACCGUUGCUGCUGGGUUUUGCACAGUACCCAUGCUUGAGCUGUACCAGCACUCCUGUCGGGAGUUGAAGUCCUACAUCUCUGAAGGUCGUCAAGUGAUCCGGUCAAUCGAAGCUGAAACAUAUGCCGACAACCCUCCUCUGUUCCGGGAGUAUGUCACAGCUCCGCCGGACAUCCGAGUGAUCAUGGACAACCAGUUUCGAAAUGUCAAGACCCAUGCGCGGCUUCUCAGUAAAGCUACAUGGUACGAAUGGCGAAUGAAGCUUCUUGAAGGGUUGAAGGAAGGACUCAACCGCCAUGUGGAGGAAAUGAAGAGUGAUGACCAAUUGUUAUCCAAACGGGAGGAGCUGCUCAGCAGCACCGUGCCCCCAUUGGCAGAAAAACAUGCAUCCUUGGAACUAGAAGCGACUAAUCUGCAGCAGCUGGUCGACGAAAUGGAGAACUGCGACCAAGAUGAGCUGCGAGGUGCGCGUACAAAGCUCUCUGGUGUGGAGGCUGAGAUUGCGGCCAAGAGGCGAGAGCUUGAGCAGAUGCAGGAGGAGGUGCAAGAGAAGACCACCUCGAUCGAGGCCGGAACCGAAAUGCGCGACGAGUUCCUAGCCCAAAUCCAGGAAGCCGAGCGUAUCAAGGAGGAAUGCCGCGGGUGGAGUGCUCGGGAGAUCAGCGAACUAAAAGCUUCUGUUCAACAGAUCGAGCACCAAACUGGCUGGUCGAUCAUCUAUGCCUCAACUCCAUCGGACUCAUCCACAGGUCCGAUGUUGACCAUGGCCUAUCGCGAUCAGCUGCAGCUGAAGUUCGAACCCGGUGCUUUCGCAGUCAAGAGCUCGAACCGCAGCGAGAAGAGUUCACCACUGGAGCUGAUCUCCAUGAAGGGCAGCGGCAUCUCCCCCAUCGCAUCGUUGGUCCUUCAAUCACUGCAACGCCACCUGACUACCACCCAUCAAGCCGUCGUUUCUCCCAAACAGCUUCUGCGGUUUGUUUCAAGCGCGUGGGACCGCACCGUCGGCCUUGAGAACGAGGCUCGCAUGCUCGAAUUCUGCGGAGUCACCCGACUCUCCCUCUCGGGCCCUGAUGAGUCCUCGCUCUCCUUACGUGCGCGGUGCACACUGCUGGGCAAUGCCGCCGUUGCCUCUACCCCGGGCCGUAAAGGCGCCGCGGCAAAGAACAAGGGCGCGAAGAGGGUCGACGUCGACUUUACCGUUCGCACGCGCAUCAAGCACGACACCGCCGAGACCAGUGAGAUCGGGUCUCUGGAUUUCGACAUCGAUGUCCUGGCAACCAAAGUCUAUGGCUUCGGAACGGGCAACAAGUCCGGUCUGCCCGACCAGGAGAUGCAGAGCAUUCUUGGCAAGGGGCUCGGGCAGCAGAAGGAUAGCGAUACCCAGCUCGGUAAUGGGGUCUGGUGCAAAGCUGUUCGCAUGCUCACCGGUUCUGUCUUUUAA